CUUUUAAGUUAACAUUAUUCAAGUGCAAAUCGCCAAUAACUUCAGACCAACCAUGAAAAUUUUAUCAUCAUUCUUACUUUUGUGUAUUGUCUCAUUCAACAAUGGAAUAUCUUAUGUCGAGUGUGCUUACUCACCCAACAGAGCUAUUUUUUUGCAUGACAGUGGACCUCAAUCAAUUAGUGAUCCAAUCGGAUUCACCGUCACAGUUUUUAAUUCCUCUAAAUCAAAUGACACAUCAUAUGAGUAUCGGUUCAAAUUUGACCAGUUUCCUGAACAUGAUAAAACCAUUGUCUCAACUUCAAUUCAAGUUCGAUACUCAGUAACAUUUGCAUCAACUUGUGUCAAGAAAAGUGGCGAAUUUACGUUACAAGUUGAUGUAUGGGAAUGUCACCUCGGUGUGCCUACAUAUUUGAUAGGAACUGCCCCUGAAACCUUCUAUCUUUAUGCCUGUGAUUGGAUUGAAGUCCAUAACGAUGGACCUGUUACCCUUGAUGCACCAAUCACUUUCACAGUUAAUAAUAAAUAUAGAACAGAUGAUCCAUCAUUUGAAUAUCGGUUCAAAUUUGACCAAUUUCCUCAACAUGAUAAAACCAUUGUUUCAAUUGAACGUGAAGUUGAAUAUUCAGUGACAUUUGAAUCGUCUUCAACACCAAAAGCUGGUAACUAUACAGUGCAAGUUGAUGUUUGGUUUCUUGGCGUCCCUUCACGUUUAAUUGCAACUGCUCUUCAUGAUUUCCAGCUUUCAGAUGAACUGGUCGGAUUUAUCAAUAGAGAGAAUUUCAUUGAAGAUGCUAUUUUUGGUAAAAAUUUUAUUUCAACUAAAAUACCGGUUGAACUGAUUGCUGAUAUUCGUGAUCCUACUGGGUAUUUCACUGGACGAUGUGGAAUCCCACCAGCUAAUAUAACAUAUAAAUGGAUUAUUAAUGAUGAAGUACAAGAGGAAAGACUUAAGGUUAUUGUUCAUACUUUUUCCCAGCCUCAACUGAACAACAUUUCAGUGAUUGUUACAGCAACUAAAACCAAUGGAAGUCGUCUUAUACAAAAAUCUGGUACAUUCAGCACUACAUUGGAAAGCAGAGCUCCAAUUACUAAUUUGACUGUUGAUGGUCCAACCGAGGUUAGAGUGUUUGAAAGACUUCAACUUGAUUUUAAAAUUCACGGAGGAACACCUCCAUUUCAUAUUACCUAUCAUUUUUCGAUGAAGAACCCACACACCGAAACUGAAAGAAUUGUAAAAGGCACGAAUGAAAGCCUUUUCUCAUUAAUUAAUUAUUUCAGCGAUAAAGGAACAAGAGAUUUAUAUCUUGUUCUUGAAAAUGAUGUAUCAACAUUUAGCAAGUCUAUGACCAUUUCAGUCCAUUAA